UUCUGCUUGAGCUCAACAGCUGCAGUCCUGGAUUCAGUGAGAGCUGAGGAACAAAUAACUUUCAGCAGAAACCGUGAACUAAGAGUCAUCAAAGCUUUCGGACGCAGCUGCAGCGAUCUUCUGAGGAGAGGGGAGCAGUUCACGGUAUUUCUCAUCUUUAAACAACGAAAUUCAUCCCCUCUCACAACUAUCACAUCAUCAAUGAAGCUCCACCCACAACUUACACAUCAUCAGUGAAGCUCCUCCCACAACUAGUACAUCAUCAGUGAAACUCCUCUCACAACUAUCAGCUCCUCCCACAACUAUCACUCCAUCAUUGAAGCUCCUCCCACAACUACCACAUCAUCAGUGAAGCUCCUCCCACAACUACCAAAUCAUCAGUAAAGCUCCUGAAACCUGCAAAGAGUGAGUUUAUGAAAGAGGACAGAGAGAAGAUGGGAGAUCCAGAGCCCUGCAGAAUCAAACACAUUGAAGAUACUCAAGAAAAAACAGAAUUGAUGGAAGAAAACAAGGAGAAUGAAGAACUGAGUGAAGUUGAGGAGAAAAACUGUGUAAAAACUGGAGAAAAACCCUUGAGUUGCUCUCGAAUUAAACGGAAAGAUUUAAAGAAAAGAAGAGCCAAGAAAUCUUUCACCUGCACUCAGUGUGGAAAGAUUUUCACAUGGAAAUAUAGUCUUGUUGUUCACAUGAUAAUUCAUACUGGAGGGAAACCUUUCACUUGUGAUCAGUGCGGGAAGAGUUUCACACGAUCAGCAACACUUAAGAAACACAUAAACAUCCACACAAGAGAGAAACUGUACUCAUGUGAUCAAUGCAGCAAAACAUUUUUGUGGGCUUCAUACCUGAAGGAACACAUGAGAGUUCAUACAAAGGAAAAGCCACAUUCAUGUCAUUUGUGUGGAAAGAGUUUUUCACGUUUUUCAACUUUGAAAGUGCAUCAGAAAAUACAUACUGGUGUGAGAGAGUACAUGUGCUUUGAGUGUGAAAAGACUUUCAUUUCAGCAAACAGUUUAAAACUGCACCAGUGGAUUCACACUGGAGAAAAGCCUUAUAAGUGUUCACAAUGUGACAAGAGAUUUAGUCAGUCAGCAAAUCUGAAAAAACACGAGAGGCUUCACACUGGAGAAAAACUGUACAAGUGUUCACACUGUGAUAAGAGAUUCAGUGAUUCAUCAACUCUGAAAACACAUAAAAGGGUCCACACUGGAGAGAAACCUUAUAAUUGUUCACUCUGUGACAAGAGAUUCAGUAAUUCAUCAACUCUGAAAACACAUAAAAGGGUCCACACUGGAGAGAAACCUUAUAAUUGUUCACUCUGUGGCAAGAGAUAUAGUGAUGCAGGACGUCUGAAAACACAUGUGAGGAUCCACACUGGAGAGAAACCAUACAAGUGUUCACACUGUGGCAAGAGAUUCAGUCGUUCAGGAGUCCUGAAAACACAUGAGAGGAUUCACACUGGAGAGAAACCAUACACAUGUGAUCAAUGCGGCAAAAAGUUUAUUUGGGCUUCAAACCUGACAACACAUAUGAAAAUUCAUACAAAGGAAAAGCCACAUUCAUGUUAUUUGUGUGGAAAGAGUUUUUCAUGUCUACAAAAUUUGAAAAAACAUCAGAAAAUUCAUACUGGUGUGAGAGAGUACAUGUGCUUUGAGUGUGAAAAGACUUUUAUGACAGCAGAGUGUUUAAAACUGCAUGAGAGGACACACAAUGGAGAAAAGCCUUACAAGUGUUCACAAUGUGACAAGAGAUUCAGUCAGUCAUCAAAUCUGAAAACACAUGAGAGGAUUCACACUGGAGAGAAACGUUACAAGUGUUCACUCUGUGACAAGAAAUUCAGUGAUUCAGGAAAUCUGAAAAAACAUGAGAGGAUCCACACUGGAGAGAAACCAUACAAGUGUUCACACUGUGACAAGAGAUUCAUUGAUUCAGGAUCCCUGAAAAAACAUGAGAGGAUCCACACUGGAGAGAAACCAUACAAGUGUUCACACUGUGACAAGAGAUUCAUUGUGUCAGGAUCCCUGAAAAAACAUGAGAGGAUCCACACUGGAGAGAAACCAUACAAGUGUUCACACUGUGACAAGAGAUUCAGUGAAUCAGGAUCCCUGAAAAAACAUGAGAGGAUCCACACUGGAGAGAAACCAUACAAGUGUUCACACUGUGACAAGAGAUUCAUUGUGUCAGGAUCCAUGAAAAAACAUGAGAGGAUCCACACUGGAGAGAAACCAUACAAGUGAUCACACUGUGACAAGAGAUUCAGUGAUUCAGGAUCCCUGAAAACAGAUGAAAGGAUCAACAAUGGAGAGAAACCAUACAAGUGUCCACACUGUGACAAGAGAUUUAGGCAGUCAGGACAUCAGAAAAACCAUGAGAGUAUCCACACGGAGUAAAACCGUAUCGCUGCACUGCAUGUGAAAAUUGUUUCAAUCAAUCUUCUAAUCUACACAAAAAAACUAUCACAGCACUUACAGGUCUGAUGCUGUGUCCUCACUAAAUGUUACACAAUAAUGAAUCAAGCAAUAAAAUACAGAUGCAUCUCAAUAAAUUAGAAUGGUAAUGUUAAGUUAAUUUAUUUCAAUAAUUCAACUCAAAUUGUGAAACUUGUGUAUUAAAUCAAUUCAAUGCACACAGACUGAAGUAGUCUAAGUC